CUUAAGAUAAAAAAAAAUGCAAAGAGCAGUUUUUAACUAGCUUCCCUUCAAAGUAUUGACAAGUUAACCUAAGCUAAAACGUUCAAAACAUGGCCAGGAAAAUUUUGUUUAAUCAAACAAAUCAAACUUUAGUUUAAGUUAAAUGCGUCUUCGAAGUGUAAACAGAAAAUGAUGUAGGUCAUCUUCGUUACUUACACAGCUUUAUUCAAAUUCAACGAAGCCUCAAGUGUGUUGUGAAGUUUGACCCCAUGGCUGAUAACUCCAACUCCACCGUAGAACCUCGCUUCUGUUUUCUCGGAAAUGAUAAAGAAGUAGAGGUAGCUUUGGCUGUCUUCUAUAGCGUUAUAGCAAUACUGGGAAUCACUGGGAAUGCUUUGGUGAUCAAUGUCGUCCGACAGAACCGUCACAUGCGAACCACUACGAACAUUAUGUUGGUCAAUAUAGCAGUGUCUGAUAUUCUCUCGCUAAUCUGGUCUCUUCCAAAGCGUUAUUUCGAUAUCGUGGACGCACACCCUUCGGAAGAAAUGGGGAAGUGGUUGUGCAAGUUUGUGACCGCUAGCAACAUGGCGGCUAUUACUUUGGCGGUAUCCGUGUAUACGUUGAGUUUGUUGGCAAUCGAGCGCUAUCAUUCGCUCGUCAAGCCGUUUCAACCGCCAUGGAUAAAUGAAAAUAACGUGGUCUACGCAUUAGCAACAACAUGGGUGGCGGCGAGCGUCGCACAGAUCCCAGCGUUCAUUGAAACGACGUUUAAUGAAGUCAGAUGCAGUUGUGAAAGUCCGUGGACGAGCAACGACACCGCCCGUUCCAUGCGAGACGCCGUGGUCGUUAUUAUCACGGUGAACAUUUUUUUCCCAAUCAUUAUCAUCAGUUUUUGCUACGCGUUAGUCAUCAACGCACUUCAUUUUAACAAUGCGAACAGUGCAAGGACCUUUGAUCCCAGAGAUCUCCAAUCCAAGAGGAAGAUCGUGAAACUUCUGAUGAUAGUAACAGUUGUGUUUUAUGCCUGUUUUCUCCCGUUUGGUUUGUACAUGAUGAUUCUAGCGUCGAAUUACGCGGAUAAGCUCGGUGAUGACGGAAAAAACGCACUUUCGAACGGCUUCGAAGUUGUCAAGCUUCUAAUGUACCUGAGCUCUUCCCUGAAUCCUGUGUUGUACGCAUUUCAAAGUUCUAAUUACAGAAACGGCUUUAAAAUGUCUCUCCCGUGCUUGUUUGGACUUCGCGUUAGAGUUAGCGCGGAAAACAGCCGGCAAGUCAGCCUUGCAAAUAUUCAAGCAUAAUCUCCGCUCUUUAAUGAAAAGAUAGUUUUUUCACCUUCAAAUUGCUGUGUGUUUGUGGUAGAAAAACUGAGUGGAUUUAUUCGUACUGAGUCAUGAACU